GUCUUCCAGGGCAGAGUCGUGACCAGCCUCAGGUCGGGGGCAACAAGAGGGAGCUGAACAAUUUUUUAAAAGGGUAAUAAUAAAAUAAACAAAACACAAACAAAUGUUCUGGGGCGGUUUCAACCAGGUCAGUUUCAACCAGGUCAGUUUCAACCAGGUCAAUUUCAAAACUGGGAGUCAGAAGUAGGAGGCGCAAGUAGCACGCGUCCCUGGCAACCAGGAGCAGCUGUUGCUAAGGGGCGUGCCUUUUGCCCACAUUCAAGAUGGAGUGGCGACAGCGUCAUAACAGGAACAGCUUUCCCCAACGAGCCUGUAGGCUAGCCUGGCAGAGGUCAUCCUUGGGGCCCAGGCCCCAGAGCCCCCACCUCGCUGGAGAGGAUUUAAAUAAAAGGCAGUAUCUCCGUUAAUAUCCAAGCUAUUUGAAGCCUCCUUUAGACCUAAAGCAUGGGCGACGAUGAUGCUGCCAGCAGCCAACAUGGCUGGAGCACCGUUUCCUGCACCGCCCCGUGCCAAGAUGGUGGUACUUCCGGUUCUGGGCGGCCCGCAGGGAAGAUGGCGGAGAAGCGGCGGCCCACGGCGCCGGUGGCUGGGACUUCGGAGGCUCGGCGGGCGAGCCCGGCACGGGGCCUGGCUACCGAAAGCGAGGAGGAGUUCCUGCGGCAGGCCGGGGUGACGGCUAUGCUUCGCGCGGCGCUGCUCAAGGUGCUGGAAGCGCGACCCGAUGAGCCGCUCCCCUUCCUGGCGCACUACUUCGACAACCUGGGCCUGCGCUCGCCCGCCAACGGCGGCGCCGGGGAGCCUCCGGGCCUGCUUCUCCUGCAGCAGCAGCGCAUCGGCCGCGCCUUGUGGCACCUACGCCUGGCUCACCACUCCCAGAGGACGGCCUUCAACAACAACGUCAGCGUGGCCUACGAGUGCCUGAGUGCCAGCGGCCGGAAGAAGAGGCCGGGCCUGGAUGGGCGCACCUACAGUGAGCUGCUGAAGCGCAUCUGCAGAGACGGGGAGGCCCCUGAGGAGAUCGUGUCCCCCCUCCUGCGAAAGAUCCAGUGCCGGGACCACGAGGCCGUCCCCUUUGACAUCUUCCGCUACGGCAUGCUCACCUGCUUUGUGCUUCUGGAGUUCGUGUCUCGGGCAGAUGCGCUCUACGAGGUCCUGGAUGACUCGGGACAGGCUGACCGCCGAGUGUGCCAGGCGGUGCUAGACACCCUGGAGGGGGCCCUGUUGGCAGGGGACUUUGAAGCUCCCAGCCGCUACCUGGAGGCCGGCUCUCAGCUGGGCCCCGACUGCCUCGCCCUGGCCAUGGACCGGGCCCUGCUGGCCCGCAAGCCCAACUCGUCCAUGCUGAGGGACGAGUUCCUAGAGAAAGCUGCUACCCUGUUUAUUGCCAAGGUUAGGCCCGUGGGCUAACCCAAAGCUGCCAAGCCUUUCAGGGAUCAACCUGGCCCAAGAUACGGGUUGGGACAGUGGGCACCAAUGGGCAAGGCUACCCCAUCCUUCCUUUUGGCCCCUGCCUCUACUCUGUCCUCAGAUACCUCAUUCCUUUCCCUGACCCCUUGCUGGGAAAGGCCCUCUGGCUGGCUUGGGAAUUCCUAGGAGGAAGGGACAGGGCCUGGGCUGCUGGCAGCUCAGAUUGCUCAGGUUCUCCCAAAAGAAAGUGCCAUGGCAUACUGGGAAUGCCAGGAAACCUGACAGACUCAAGAUCAACUCUUUCUCAGCCUCACUUCUCCUUGGGGACUGCCUUGGGGAGAUAGCACCCUCUCUCUAGUUUUCCAUCCCAGCCCCUGAAAAGCCUCCCCCCAGGUGAGAAGCAGAGUCCAGGUAGUUUGCCAUAAGGAAAAGGGGUCAGGUCCUGAGGUUACUUUCUGGGUUGAAAUUGGGAAAUAGAACUCCCCAAUCUGCCCAUCACUCCAUACAGCUUAGCAUUGAGGCCUGAUUUUCCCCAGCUUCCACCUGUGGCUUUCCCCUGCCUCCUCUCUGCUCCUUGGGCUGGGGCUCCCAUUUGUUCCACGCUUCCAUCUUCACUCAAAGUAAUAAAUUCUUUGUAACCUCUGUC